AUGGUAGCAACAAAUACGUACAACCUUGAUAAACUGCGAGAACUGGAGCGGCGGGAAUCCCUCCCUGACUUCACCCUGCCGCCAAUACUGGCCAGACUAUCCGAAUCCGACGUACCAAACUAUGCAAGCCUCAACGACGAACAAGAAGCGGAUCAUCUGCUUUCGCUUCGUAAAGGUUCUAAAAAGCCCCUGAUUCGGACUAAGCGGCGACUCGAAAGUCAUACCUACAAGAAUGUCACGGAAAUUCUACCCGGACUGGUCCAAAAUGACGGACGACCGGGCCUCGUGCAGGCUCUCAUGAGAAAAGCAUCCAACAAAGUAGAGAACGCAGAAAGGAGACAAAUCCAGAUCGAGCAACGGGAUGCACUAUUGGGAUCGGCGGUCCGAAGAGGCAACGUUGAACUCGUCGGGCUCUUAGCUCCUACAUGUUCUCAAAAUCAACGCAAUCAAGCUCUCGGUUCGGCCAUCCGUCGCAGAAAUGAAGCCAUCAUCACGAAACUUCUCGAAUACGGGGCCGACCCCAAUAAAUGCAAGGAUCAAUUUACAGAAGCAUGCCAAAAGGGCGACGUCGCCGUUGUAUCAAUCCUGCUUCGCGCUCCUAUUCCAACGCACACGGAAAUCCUGGUAGAUGCUUUGACUCAGGCAGUUAAGAGUGGAUCUUUGCAAAUAUUGACCCUUCUCACCGGCGCUGUCGACCUCGCCAAUACCCCAGACUUGGAGGCCGUCCAUGAAGCUGUUCGCGUGGUAAGGGUGGACCUGCUUCUUAGACUUCUUCUUUGUGCGAAGUCCCUGAAUGCUCAGAAACUGGACGGCCUGGUCAAGAGAGCAUUUGAGAUGUCAAAUGCUGAUGCUGGCCUGAGGCUUCGGAUUAUUGACGCUCUCUUCUACGCAGGCGCCUCUGGCAACAACUCGGCAGCGUCCUUCGCCGAUGCAGUCGCUUCGGACCUAACGGAUUUCAUCGCCUUGUUUGCGAAGCACCAUGUUAGCAUCAACUGGGAAGAGGGUAAGGCCGUCGUCAGAGCUGCUCGUGCAGGACGCAGUGAACUCUUGAAGGCUGUUUUAGCCAGCGGCGGUCUAGCACCAGACAAUGCAUCCAGGGCAAUGAAAGCACUUCCCAGACAUGUUCCCGCAGAAGAAAGGAAACGCAUCAAUGAGAUGCUGUUGGACACUGGAGCGCACGGGUCCGCGAUCGAUCAUGAGCUCAUUCUGGCCGUCAAAGACAGCGAUGAGCGCGCCAUAGGGAUGCUCCUGCGGCGGGGUGCUUCGUUGACCCGCAACAAAGGGCACGCAUUGAUUGAGGCUAUCGAACAUGAACAGGUAGGAGUUUUGCGAACGCUUCUGACCUGGUCCGUGAACACGGAGUCCCUCCAGAAGGCAUUUCCGCAUCUUCGAAGUGCCGGGAAGGCUCCGCGGCUGGAAAUGACCAGGCUCCUGCUCGACGCAAAGGCCUCGGGGGAUUCUGUCAACGCAGCGCUGAGAGAUGCGGUCUGUGACCAGAGUGCUGACAGAGACCCUCUGCUGAUUGAUGCGCUGAUUAAAGCCGGCGCUGACCCAUCGUUCAACGAUGCAGAAAGCAUUCGGCAUGCGAUCAACAUGAAUGAUGUUAAACUGUUUAUGGAUCUUACGAAGAGUGCAACUCUAGUCUCAGAAGGCGUUUUCUCUUCGCUGACCGCUGAAAUUGUGACGCUAGAAAAUCUAGACGCCCGUUACUACAUGAUGCGACGAGCCAUCGAACAAGGUGCCCGAGUCAAGAGUAUCUCCAGAGCCCUCUGCUCGGAACUUUCCAAAGACAAAGCGGAGGUCAGAAUGAUUGAUCUUCUGGUAAAUCGUGGCAGCGCGGAGGUCGACGACGAUGGCGGGCGCGCACUGAAACUUGCUGCCGUACAACAAGAUGAUGAUAUUUUGCAGCUCGUGGCGUCGUCUCACAACCUGUCAAGCCAGACCGUUUCAAAGGGUCUUUGCGACAUGCUUCAGAGCGAAAACUUCAAUGAUGAGCAAAAGUCUUUCAGGGCAGAAAUUCUACUUUCCAAGAAGAAGUCAGACUACAUUUCGGUCAAGGCAUUUUCUACCUACGUCAAAUUUUGCACGACGGCAUUUGUGAGCGGCCGCGUGUGGCCAUUGCGGACUUUCGAAGCACUUCUCCAGGCGGGAGCUGACAUCAACAUGGCAAGUGGCGCAGUAUUCACAUCUGUCGUCGACAACGCCGCGAUUCCUUUGGCGAAGGCCAUGUUAGCAUGUGGAGUGUUGAGACAAGAAAUUGUGGACCAAGCUUUGCUGCAUUGCGUGAGGCUUCCUACCGUUGACGACAGAUCCGAGGCUAUUGGUCUGCUCAUUCAAUACCGUCCAUCGUUCCACGGCCUUUCCGACGCUCUGAUCGAAGCGAGCCAGUUACAACUGACAGGAGCUGCGAGACAACUUCUUCAACACGGAGUCUCGAUUAAUUUUCAAGAUCAUGAGGCUGCGAUACAAGUUGCCACUUCGACGGGCAAUUCAAUGCUCUUGGCGACAUUUUUGUCAUUCAAGCUAUCACACAGCUCACUCUCGGCGGCGUUCCAAGAAGCAAUCACACUCAAGGACUCAGCGUUAAGGUUCUCUUCGAUGAAAGCUAUUCUUCAGGCUGGCUUACGUGGUGAUAUUGUUGACCAGCAUUUGAUUGCCUUGGUACGGAAUGACCUCACUCCCAUCGACGAGAUUGAACUUUUACUUGACCACGAGGCGUCGGUACAUGCGCAAAAUAGCUUCAGCAUAAUCUUCGCAGCAACAUCAAGAAAUCGAGAUGUCUUGCGACUUCUUUUCACGAGAGCUGUCCUUCCAAACACUGCUGCUCGUUGUUUCCAGGCUUGUCUUGCUGCCGGACUGGUCGAACGCCAUGAAAUACGGGUUCUAAAGUUUCUUCUAGAACAAGGAGAACAAAUGGGACAGGGGGUGGACCAGGCGUUACUCGACCAAGCACUUCUAAAAUCGGUCGAAAAUCUCGGAACUGAUCCGUCCGGAGGCCUUCCUAUGGUGCAGAUGUUGGUUGAGAAAGGAGCGAGAGCUGAUCUUGGAAAUGGUGCGGUUUUAUGUCGUGCCUGCGAGAUCGGGAGAGUCGACAUCGUUUCAACAUUGCUGCUAUCGAAUCCGGGCACGUCCUCGAAAUCUAGGGCCUUACAUUACCUGGUGAAAUCCAGUGUUCCGGGUAUGGAGUUUUGCACGGCGCUCGACAUGAUCAUGGCUUCUACCUCGCCAGGCAAUCCGGGGGGAACAAGAAGUCUCUACGAGACCACCAAGCCCAACUUCGUCGAUCAUCAGCGUGAUUUUGAGUCGCCCAUCCGAGUUCUGCUCAAGGGCAGGCCCGGAGACACUCACAGCUUAAUGAAAGUCAUCGGAUAUGGCUAUAAUGUGGCGACAAAAUUCGAGAAAGACAUUCUCUACUGGGCGAUGUCGCAGCAGAAUCCUCGAAUCAAGACCGAUUGUCUGCAGAUCCUGAUCCAAAACGGAGCAAAUGUUCACUCUCGAGACCCGGCCACCGGGGACACUAUGAUUUUGAUGGCGUUGAGGACGGGACGGUCGGCAUUGGUCGACAAUCUCAUCCAAAACGGUGCGGAUGUAUCUGCCACGAACGAUAAAGGCAAUUCUCCCUUGUUGCUCGCCAGCGAAUUAGGAAAUACGGCUGCUGCCGAGAGGUUUAUUGCCACAGGCGUGAAUCUCAACGACGGAAGUCUACAUCAGGCUGCACGCAAUUUGCAGUUGAGCGUUGUCAAAUCCUUACUGCAGAAUGGCGCCGAUCCAAAUUAUCGAUCCCGCGUACACGGCGGAAGAAGCCCGCUGGGCGAGCUUUGUUUGACAGCCCAAGCAUCGGGAUCAUCCUAUCAAGUUAUGGUGGACACUCUGAGAGAACUAUGCCAAGGUGGCGCCGACUUCAAAGAACGGAUUGGCCGAAAACCCUUGAUCUGUCUUGCUCUGGACAAUUCCGACCCUGCACCAAUGGUCGAAGCGAUCAUGGCGGCAUAUCUUUCUAAACUCAUCGACGAGGACUUCAAUCUGUACGAAGAAAAUGACGUGGUGUACUCGCCCACGUACUAUGUUUUGAAAGGAAUAUUUCGUGGCCCUGCGGCGAAGUCACGGGAACUUGUAAGACUUUUGAGGACAUACGGCGCCAACAGGGAUGUCUAUUACAGUCUCAGUGGGCCACAACCUCCCAAGCCUCAGGGCAUGCCUCCUCAUAUUGCCGAAAAGGAAGCAAUCAGGAUAGCAAAGGAAGAGGAGAUUGCGGCAGAAGAGGCCGAUUAUCGGCGGAAGGUCAAUCGCCUCAUUGAGGAGGAGCAACGUCAACAGAGCAUCGAACAACAACGACACGAGCUCAAAUUGAAACACCACGAGGAGCUCGGAAUGCAAAGCAUUGGACAAGCCCGUCAGCUGAGCCGUGUUGAUCGCGAGCGACGAGAAGACGAAUACAACCAUCAACGACUUUUGAACGAUCUCAGUCGUCAACGAGAACAGGACCAACUCCGAACUCGACAGAGUGAGAGGGAUCAAGAUGAGAGACACCGACGAAAUCUGCUCAAAAUUGAAACAGCGGCAUACGGUGAACGGAUGCAAAUUGAUCUAGACAAUCGCAAACAGAUUGACUACAUUGAGCGAAAGGCAAUUGAUUACAAGGUCACAGCCGAGGAAGGGCUCGCAGAAAGGGAGCACCGGCGAAGAAUCGAGCAGCUGACACUGGCAAAAGCGGUGCCAAUCGGUCUGCCCAUGCUGAACCCAUCGCCCUCUGGAGGAGGAUUUAUCGAAGGUCCAAAGUAA